UAACUAGAGGAGUAGCCCAAAUUAUUUUAUGUGAGGAAUCCAUAUUUCACAACGUCAUAUUCCCAAAAGCUUGCCAUAUAGGCGGAGAUCACCUGAUCAAACAGGAAGAGUGUUGACACUAGGCUAUCUUAUCUACUUUUACUUGAAACUAAAUAUAUUGGACUCGAAAUAUCGGACAACCCGCUGAUCAGGAGGAUAUAAAGGAGAAUAUAAAGCAUAUAUGAUUAUAUACAUAUCUAUUGAUAUUAAUUCGGUUAAACAUAGUGUUAUUAGUGAAGGUGUGUCGCGGUAUCGUAUGGACCGCCAAUGAAGACAAGAAAGUUUGCUAAGUUUACAUCUACACCAAAAUGACGAUUUUUUGUUUAUGUAUGUGCUUCUUGCUGAAAGGUGUGUUUGGUAAUAUCAAAUCGGUGAACGACGGAGAUUCUGUCACACUACAAUCUGCUCUUACAGAUGUACAGAAAUAUGAACGUGUUCUGUGGACGUUUGGACCUGACAGCACCCGAAUAGCUCAAAUCAACAACGCUAUCAACAAGAUAUCAGUAUAUAAUGAAGUACUCGACGGGAAAUUCAGAGGCAAACUGAGUUUGGAUCCUUUAACUGGAUCUCUGACCAUCGCAAACGCAACAUCCCAACACGCUGGACUCUACGAAUUAAAUACUGUCGGCGGAAAUGACGUCUUAUCCAAGCAGUUCAGAGUUAUUAUUUUUGCUCAUCUACCUGUUCCUGUCCUCAUCCGAAACUCAUCUCAAUGUUCUUCCUCCUCAUCUUCAUCAGUGCAGUAUUGUUCAGUGCUUUGUUCAGUGGUGAAUGUGAGCGCUGUGAGUCUCUCCUGGUACAAAGGAAACAGUUUAUUGUCCAGCAUCAGUGUGUCUGAUCUCAGCAUCAGUCUCUCUCUACUUCUGGAGGUGGAUUAUCAGGAGAAAAACACCUACAGCUGUGUGAUCAACAACACCAUCAGCAACCAGACCACACAUCUAGACAUCAACACACUCUGUCGGCCAUGUGAAGUGGAUGUGUCAAGUUUGAAUUCAGAAAACAGCGUACCCUUCGGUGUGGUGGUUCUGAUCUGCAUUGGCAUCGUAGUUACUUUAGUAAUCUUGGCUGUAGCUGGGAUGUUCAGUAUCUACUGGAAAUAUAAAAAAUCACAUCAAACAAGCCAGGCUUCUGUGCAACAAUUUUCUGAGGUGUAUGACGCAACAGAUUAA